AUGCCAAUAACACGUUCUCAAGCACGCAUCAUGAAAAACCCACAAGCCGGAGGGGGGUCUCUCACUUCGGACAUUAGAAACUCACCUGUAUAUUCCAUGAUAGAACAAGCACUGAGCCAAAACUCAUCCGCGUUCUUGGAACAAGAUGUCACGACUCAAGAUGAGACUUUCAAAGAAUCCCUAUCGCUAGACGUGACGGGUGCUCGGCGGCAAAAGCCACCAAGUGGAAAUCUCUUCACUACGCUGUUCAAUCCCACAGCAUCGGCACAGCAGCAACAACCACAGAAUGGAAAUCCUGAAACCUUGCUGUUCAGGAAUGCAGUAACGUCAUCGAAGCCAGAACGAAAAUUAAGCUUUUGGCCCGGGAGCUACGACGACGACGAUGAUUGUAUCGGUGCACUUCCACCAUUUUGCAGACCUCCUAGGACCGCGUUUGGAAUAAAUUUGAACGGCCCGCCGCCACCACCGACAUUCAGAUCUCAGCCGCAAGGACAGAUUAACCAGGAAGAGGAAUCGACUACGAGUCUAGUGCCUGCAAAUCAAAGCAUCGACUCCUGUCCGCUGGAGAAAUCCGAAGGCGAAAGGAUUCUGGACAGUAUCAAGUGUCUCGAUGAUCUCACUGAGAAUACUCUUCGAGGACUCAUUGCCAAUUGUCAUGGCUUGGUGACUAUUACAGCCUUCAAGGUGACAUUGAUCGAAUGGGGUGAAUGGUCGGACCCUCUGAGGCUCAAAGGGUACCCGAUUGAGCUGAACUGGGACGGGUGGGAAUAUAUCACCGUCAAAUGCGGCAGCCUGAGCCUUAUAAAGCCUCCGAACUGGGCCAAGGGAUUUCUUCCUACCAAUAAUAAGGGCGGGCCUGGCCUUUUCCCAUCAUUAUUCCCACCUGAUAAAAAGCACCCUUUCUGA